AUGAUGCUCCUAUCUUUUCAGUCCACAGCUAUUAUCUUCACAUUCGCUGCCGUAACCGAGGCCACAUGCUUCAACCCCGACCGGACUGUUGCAACCAACGCCGUACCCUGCGGUAGUAAUAACACUACCUUUUGUUGUGCGUCGGGCGCAAUCUGUCUUAGCACAGGUUAUUGUCUCAGUGUGACCACCCAACCGUUAACGCUGUAUCGGGGCUCCUGUACGGAUUCUGCCUGGGGAAGCUUCUGCGCUUAUUAUUGUGUCAAUUACGAGACUGGCUCCAACGCCCCGAUUGUCAGCGUAGGGCUAAAUGACAAUAACCGCGCAAUUUACUGCUGCGGCUACCAAAGCGAACAUAACAACGCCACUAGAUGCUCUAAUGGAGAUGCUCCUUUUGUCCUCGAUGAUGGAGAAAUUAUCUUCGGCCGGGCUGCGCUGGCAAAUGCUACAGCUGGGGGACUCGACUCAUCCACGACAGGAGUGUCUAUUGCAUCCGCGACAGGAACUAGCGAAACCAAAGAAGGAACCGAACAGCCCUCUUCGCAUGAUCAUAGCACAGCAAUUGGAGUUGGUGUGGGUGUUCCAUUGGGCCUUCUGAUGGUCUGCGCCUUGAUUUGGGCCCUCAUUGAGCGAAGGCAGAAUAGGCAACGCCAAGCAAGUAUGACUGGCGUCGUGCAGGCGACUGAUCAGGUUUAUAUCCCCCCGCGACGAAAGACUGGCCCGACGGAGUUGGAUCAGCCGAGCAGCACAAACUCCGGUACUAUGAUCCACGGGUCUCCUGCUGUGGAGAUCAUGGGGUCGGAAAGUUGA